AUGACCGCCACAAGAGAGGGUGAAGAUGAGGGGCAGUUUUUACGAACGGGAGAUGAGGUGGUUUUGCAGAGCACCUUUACCUCCCAUAACGAACAUUUGAAGCUCUGUCUUGCUGCUGAAGGAUUUGGCAGCAGGCUUUGCAGGCUUGAGCCCACUUCAAACUGCAAGAAUGUUCCUCCAGACUUGUCUGUGUGUGGCUUCAUCCUGGCUCAGUGUCUCUCUGUUCGAGCCCUGCAGGAGACGCUGGCCCACAGCGAACAACUGGCAGCAGAGGCAAAAGCUGGAGUUGCCCAUCGCACUCUGCUGUAUGGCCAGGCAGUGAUGUUCACACACUCCUUCAGUGGCAUGUAUCUUAGUUGCUUGUCUUCGUCUCAGACUUCACCUGACAAGUUGGCGUUUGACGUGGGUCUGCAAGAGGAUAAAGCAGGAGAGGCAUGUUGGUGGACUGUCCAUCCGGCUUCCAGGCAGAGGUCAGAGGGUGAGAAGGUGCGUGUCGGAGAUGACCUCAUACUGGUCAGUGUCUCCUCUGAGAGAUAUCUGCAUCUGUCCUUUGGCACUGUAUCUGACAACAAAAGCCUGAGCGACAGUCUGAUUGUCAGUGCCUCCUUCCAGCAGACUCUUUGGAGUGUUGCUCCCAUCUGCUCUGGAGGUGCCAUUGCUCAAGGCUAUCUAAAGGGGGGAGAAACAUUGCGUCUGCUCCACAGCCAUAGUGAUGCUUGUCUGACUAUUCCUUGUUCAAAGCAGGGAGAGGAGCUUCAAAGAGUGAUGCAUUAUGAGAUUGGAUCAGUGUCUGGUCAUGGACGGUCCCUCUGGAGGCUGGAAAUUCUGCGUGUUGCGUGGAGUGGGAGGCACACAUGUUGGGGCGAGCCUUUUCGCCUGUGCCACGUAACAACGGGGAAGUACCUGGGUCUGAUGGAGGAAAAAGGAUUGCACCUAGUAGAUCGGGACAAGGCCGACAUCAAGACAACCUCCUUCUGCUUCCGAUCAUCAAAGGACAAACUCGAUGCUGGCAAAAACACAAAUACUGAUUGCAUGGGAAUCCCAGAAAUCAAAUAUGGAGACUCGAUGUGUUACCUUCAGCAUCUGUACUCAGGACUGUGGCUAACCUAUCAAGCUACAGAUGUCAAAUGCCGCCUGGGUGGAAAUCUGCGCAAGGCCAUUUUGCACAGCGAGGGUCACAUGGAUGAUGGACUGACGUUAUCUCGCUCUCAGAGAGAAGAAUCUCACACUGCCGGACUCAUCCGGAACACUGUCUCUUUGUUUACUCACUUUAUAAGGAAACUUGACGGUUUUAGUCAUGAAGGAAGCCUCUCCUCAUUCUGUCUGCCAAUGGAGACAGUAACCUGCAGCCUCCAGGAUCUCAUCAAGUACUUCCAGUCUCCACUUGAUGAGCAAAGCCAUGAAGAUAAACAGAAAAAGAUGGCUGCUCUUAGGAAGCGCCAGAAUAUGUUUAAAGAAGAGGGUGUAAUAGAUCUGGUCUUAGAUUGCAUUGAUCAUCUGCACCACUACAGUAGUGAUUCUUAUAUAACCGAUGCUACUCAGUGGGAGGCCAUCGUCUACUUGUUCUACGAGUUACUUGCUGCUUUGAUCCGUGGGAACCGUGUAAACUGUGCUCAUUUCUCAAGCUCUGUGGACUGGCUCAUAGGCAGACUGGACCAUCUAGAAGCAUCUUCUGGAGUCUUGGAAGUUCUGCACUGUGUUCUUGUAGAGAGUCCUGAGGCAAUUAAUGUCAUAAAAGAUGGACACAUUCAAUCUAUUAUCUCGUUUCUGGAAAAGCAUGGACACAACAACAAGGUGCUGGAGGUUCUGUGCUCACUGUGUGUGUGCCAUGGUGUGGCAGUGCGCUCCAAUCAGAACCUCAUCUGUGACAGCUUGCUGCCAGACAGAGAUUUGCUACUUCAGACGCGACUGACUAAUCAGGUCACCAGCAUGAGAGCAAACAUCUUCCUGGCGAUGGGAGAGGCCUCGGCUCAGCAUCGGAGGUGGUACUACGAGUUGGUCGUUGAUCACACUGACCCGUUCCUCACAGCUGAACCGACACACCUGCGUGUUGGCUGGGCCUUCACCGAAGGCUACCUGCCCAUGCCCACAGGAGGAGAGGGCUGGGGGGGCAAUGGAGUUGGAGAUGACCUCUAUUCGUUUGGCUUUGAUGGGCUACACCUGUGGUCAGGUUGUGUGGGCCGUAAAGUCAGCUCCCCCUUCUCUCAUCUGCUGAAAGAUAAUGAUGUGGUUAGCUGCUGUCUCGACCUCACGGUUCCAUGCAUCUCCUUCCGGGUCAACGGUCUGCCGGUGCAAGGCAUGCUGGAGAACUUCAAUGCUAAUGGACUUCUGUAUCCUGUGGUCAGCUUCUCAGCUGGAGUCAGGGUUCAUUUUCUGUUUGGCGGGGGACAUGGAGAGUUUCGCUUCCUGCCCCCACCAGGCUAUGCUUCAUGCUCUGAGGCUUUGCUCCCCAAAGUCAAACUGAGGGUAGAGCCAUGUCAGAAAUAUAUCUCGGACUGUGAAGAGGGAAAAAAAGAGCUCAUUGGCCCCUUGGUGCCAGUCACUCCAGUUACCUUCACCCCCACUCCAGUAGACAUCAGCAAGGUUGUGUUACCUCCACAACUUGAAGACAUCCGAGAAAAAAUGGCAGAAAAUUUUCAUGAACUCUGGGUAAAGGACAGAAUUGACCUCGGCUGGACAAAUGGACCAGUGAAAGAUGAAGGUAAACGACAUGACCCUUGUCUCAUGGAGUUCUCCAAGCUUCCAGAGCAGGAGAGAAACCAGAACCUUCAAAUGGCUGAGGACAUACUUAAGACGGUGCUUGCCCUUGGUUUCCACAUUGGUUUGGCAGAUGACCACGCUGAGGAACGCAUCAAAUACAUGCGACUACACACAAAGUAUGAGUUGCCGUGCGGCUACAGGCCUGCACCAAUAGAUUUAAGACAAAUUACUCUCAGUUCAGCUGACAAGGAUGUGGUUACCCUGUUGGCAGAGAACCAUCAUAAUAUCUGGGCCAGAGAGCGCAUCAAACAGGGAUGGACCUAUGGACCUGAGCAGGAUGUAAAGGGGAAACGGAGUCCUCAUCUCGUGCCUUACAGCCUUGUUGAUGAAAGGAUGAGGAAAGCAGGCAUGGAGAGAGGGGCCGUCUGUCUCCUGCUGGCAUUUGGCUACAGCCUGGAGUCCCUAAGCCAGGAACAGACUCCUUUAUCAAAGCCAUGCCUCUUUUCUGUGGAGAAGAGCAGAGUGUUCAGACCAGAUAAAUCCUACGCGGUGACCAUGGGGAAGUGGUAUUUUGAAUUUGAAGUUCUGACAGCCGGGAACAUGAGAGUGGGCUGGGCCCGACCGGGCUGUACUCCAGAUAAAGAGCUCGGCUCAGAUGACCAGGCUUAUGUCUUUGAUGGGUUUGAGGCUCAGUGGUGCCAUCAGGGUGGUGAGCCCCUGGGACGGCGCUGGCUCAGAGGCGAUGUGGUGGGUUGCUUGGUGGACGUGUUCGAAGGCACCAUGAUGGUCACGCUCAAUGGAGAGCUGCUGUUUAAUGACAGAGGAUCAGAGCUGGCUGCCAAGUAUUUGGAUAUCAGAGAUGGCCUGUUGCCUGUGGUCAGUGUUGGGGUUAACCAGGUGGGGAGGAUGAAUCUGGGCCGCCAGGUGGAGUCUCUGCAGUACUUUAAUGUGUGUGGGCAACAAGAGGGUUAUAAACCCUUUGCUUUUAAUAUGACCAGAGACCCAUCUCUGUGGAUGAGUUGGAAACUGCCCCAGUUUACUUCAGUUCUGCCUGAUGAUCACAGCUUACAGGUUACUCGACUUAGGGGCUCAAUGGAUUCCUUAUCCAGCCUGAGGGUCUCUCAGCGGGUGUUGGUGCAACAUGGUGGAGGAAGUGAGAUGGGCUUUUAUCGGCUCAGCAUGCCCAUCCAAUGUGCUGCCACACUCAGAAGCCCUGCAGAGGGGGGGCUUCAAGUCCCCUCCAGCUCUCUAACUCCAAGUUCAGUGAGGAAGGAGCUGGAGGACACAGACUCUGACUUUGAAGUUCUGAUGAAGUCAGCACGCAGCUUUGCCGGCUCAAGAGAUGAGCUCGACCACAAGGAUCACAGUCAUGACAAAACAUCUAAACUGAAACAGCGGUUCAUGAUGAAAAGGAGUAAACCAGGCUUAGUCAGCAGCAACUCCUCUGCACGGCUUCUAGAAGACGUUAUUGUUGAAAAGGAUAACUACGAUCACCUUAUCCAGAGCUCCAGAUAUUAUUAUGCAGUGAGGAUUCUUCCUGGCCAGGAGCCGUUCAAUGUGUGGAUAGGCUGGGUGACCUCUGACUUUCAUCAGCAUGGCUCAACGUUUGACACUGACAACGUUGGGACAGUAACUGUCACCCUGGGCGACGACGGUGGCAAAGUUCAAGAAAGUGUGAAGCGAAGCAACAGUUUCAUGGUUUGUGCUGGAGAAGCUACGGGCUUGUCUCAGAGUCGUCGGAGUGCGGGGUUGGAAAUUGGCUGCCUGAUUGACACAGCGACCGGACUGCUCACUUUCACUUCUAAUGGCAUUGAGAUGUCGACUUUCUUCCAACUGGAGGCUGGUACCAAGCUGUUUCCGGCUGUUUUUGUCAAGCCCACCACCAGCAACAUGUUCCAGUUCGAACUGGAAAGCAUCAAGAAUGCCAUGCCUUUGUCAUCAGCUUUGCUUCGCAGUCAGAGAAGGAAUCCGUGUCCUCUGUGCCCUCCAAGGUUUCAGGUUCAGUAUCUGAAACCAGUUACGUGGACAAGGGUACCAGACAGUGGAUUAAAGGUGUUUGUUGAUUGGCCUGAUGAACACCAUGGCUGGAGAGUCCAAUGCUUUGACCCCCAACAAGUGAUGACCCUUCAGAUUCCUGAUGAAAACAAAUGUGUUGACAUUUUGGAGCUGUCUGAGCUCGACGACCUCCUCGCUUUUCAUCAAAAUAUCCUCCUGCUCUACUGCUCGCUCUGUGCCCUGGGUAACACCAGAGUUUGCCACGCUCUCUGCAGUCACGUUGACCAGUCGCAGAUCCUUUAUGCUAUUCAGAAUCCUCACCUCCCGGGGCCGCUCCGCUUGGCAUAUUAUCAGCUGUUUAUUCAGGUUUAUCUAAGCAGUCACACCACAGCGUGCCUCACGAUGAACCAUGAAUACAUCAUCCCAAUGACGGACCAGGCCAGAGAAGCCUCAUUUUAUCUUAGCCGUGUCAAUGGCGUUUCAGAUGGAGGGAAUGGUCAAACACCAGAGGGCACUUGUAGAAGCACAUGCCUUAAACCACAGAUGCGUUUUUCAUCUCCUUGUUUUGUCAGGGGUGAUGGGACGGAAGCAGAAGGUGCAGUUGAAAUAGCCUGCCCAGACAGCCCGGAAAUCCCUCUGGACACACUGAGGAAUUUGACAGCGGACAUGCUGACUGCCGGGGUUGUGGCUGUUGGUCAAGGAAUGAGGGAUCCUGCGGGAGGCAGUGUUGAACUGUUGCUCGUACCCAUUUUAAGAUUGCUGUACAACCUUCUGGUCAUGGGGGUGUUUGAGGAUGAAGACCUUGUGAGGGUGCUCAGGCUAAUUGAACCAAAUGUCUUCUCCAAAAAUGUCAAAACCGUUGAGGAAGCCAAGGAUGGAAAACAAAGAGGAAAAAGCAUCAACAAAAAAGAAGAUGAUGCCAUUAAACAAGGACUUCUUCAAAUGGAGCUUCCAGAGCCUGUCCAGCUAGAGCUCUGUCAUCUGCUGUCCUACCUCUGUGACUGCCAGGUGCGACACAGGGUUGAAGCAGUGACUGCAUUCUCUGGUAACUUUGUGCGUCAGCUGCAGGAGAACCAGCGAUUUCGCUACACUCAGGUCAUGCAGGCACUCAACAUGUCUGCAGCACUGACCGCUCGCAAAACCAAGGAGUUCCGACUUCCUCCGCAAGAGCAGAUCAAUUUGCUGCUGAGCUUCAGAGAAGAUGAGCAACAGGAGAACUGUCCAUGUCCGGUCGAACUCCAACAGCUCCUGCGCGACUUUCAUCACCUCCUCAACACACACUGUGGCACUGAAACGGUCCCAGACUCUGAGGAGGAAGAUGAUACCAAGAUGUCUUUGAAAGAUUGGUUAUUCAGUCGAGCAGCAAAAGCAGUUGGACUUAAAAAGAAACCCACUGAAGUGGAGAAAUAUAAAUCACCCAGUCUCAAGUCCCUCAGAAGGCUGAUUUCUGAGAUGAUGGUGUGCUGGGCUCAGGAGAGAGAGAUAGAAGACCCUGGGCUGGUCAGGGCUAUCUUCACCUUGCUAUACCGCCAGUAUCAGGGCCUCGAGGGCCAAAUGGAAGGGUCACUCUCAAAGGCAUAUGCUAUCAGCCAGUCUUCCGUGGAGGACACCAUGGCACUCCUGUCCUCUCUGGGCCAAAUUCGUUCUCUCCUGAGUGUCCGCAUGGGGAAAGAAGAAGAGAAGCUGAUGAACAGAAGACUAGGAGAUAUUAUGAAUAAUAAAGUUUUCUACCAACAUCCCAAUUUAAUGAGAGCUUUGCGCAUGCAUGAGACAGUGAUGGAGGUGAUGGUCAAUGUUCUGGGAGAAGGGGAGUCUAAGGAGAUUACCUUUCCCAAGAUGGUAGCCAGUUGCUGUCGAUUCCUCUGUUACUUUUGUCGGAUCAGUCGUCACAAUCAGGGAGCGCUGUUUGACCGCCUCACAUACUUACUGGAAAACAGCAGAGUUGGGCUGGCUUCGCCGUCCAAGCGUGGCUCCACUCCUCUUGAUGUGGCAGCAGCCUCUGUUAUGGAUAAUAACGAGCUGGCCUUAUCACUAAAGGAAUCUGACCUAGAGAAGGUUGUUCAGUACCUUGCUCUAUGUGGUCUCCAGAGCUGUUCGCUGCUACUGGCAAAAGGCUACACUGAUAUUGGAUGGAACCCCGUGGAGGGAGAACGCUAUGUGGAUUUUCUACGGUUUGCUGUGUUCUGCAAUGGCGAGAGUGUAGAGGAGAAUGCAUAUGUGGUUUUGGGGUUGCUGAUCCGUCGGCCAGAGUGCUUUGGCCCUGCGCUGAGAGGAGACGGUGGAGACGGGCUGCUAGCCGCCAUGAAGGAAGCCAUCAGCAUCUCUCAGGACCCAUCUAUGGACGGACCUUUCCCCAGUCAGCACCCCAGCAGAACGGAUGCAGCCCAUAGCAAUGAGGAUGACCUUAUUCACAUGGGGCACGCCAUCAUGACCUUCUACUCGGCUCUUAUUGACUUACUGGGACGCUGUGCUCCAGAGAUGCAUUUAAUUCAGGGCAGCAAAGGAGAAGCCAUUCGCAUCAGGGCCAUCCUGAGAUCUCUCAUCCCAGUACAGGAUCUUGAAGGAGUCAUCAGCAUCUGCUUUCAACUCCCAUCCGUGUCAGAAGAUGGUGUGUUGGUCGAGCCUGACCUGUCCACAGUUUUCUGUCCUGACCACAAGGCAGCCAUGGUUUUAUUCCUGGAUCGCGUUUAUGGUGUGGAGAGUCAAAGUUUUCUUCUGCACCUUCUGGAAGUAGGCUUUCUGCCUGAUCUUCACGCAGCUGUUUCUCUUGACACCACUGACCUGGGAUCUACUGACAUGGCACUUGCCCUCAAUAGAUACUUGUGCACAGCUGUCCUUCCCCUGCUCACCAAAUGUUCAGCCCUCUUUCACGAUUUAGAGGAUCAUGCCUUGGUGGUAGAUUCUGUCAUCCAGGCAAUCUACCGGCUCUCAAGGGCUCUAAGCUUGACCAGGGCUCAGAGAGACACCACAGAGGAUUGUUUGCUGGCUUUGUGCAGGAAACUCCAGCCAUCUAUGAUGCAGCCUCUCCUUCAAAGGCUUGUGUUUGAUGUUCUCCAUCUCUCAGAUCACAGCAAAUUGCCCCUGAAAAUGUUGACCAGUCAUUAUGAGCAGAUGUGGAAGUAUUACUCCUACACUGGAAGUCAGGAUAAACAAAAGUUAGCCUCUGAAGGGGAGCUCCAGCUGUCUAGGAAGUUAUUCUGGGGUGUGUUUAAGGCCUUGACAAAAAAGUCCUUCAUUCCUCAGCUGCUUAGUUUGUGCGUUCAGUGUCUUGUUGCAGUUGCCAAAGCCUUGCCUCCUGACUAUGUGGAGCCUGGCUGUUUGUCUCAAGUGGACAGAAUAACCUCGGUGGACACAGAUGGAUAUUUUGAGCCGCAACCUGUAGAUACAUCAAAUGUCUCUGUGCCGGAGAGACUGGACUUUGUAGUUAACAAGUAUGCAGAGCACACUCAUGAGAAGUGGUCUCUAGAAAAGUUUGCCAGUGGCUGGGUACAUGGUGAUCAGCUGUGUGAAAACACCCAGGUCCACCCUCUCCUGAAGCCAUACAGGGCUCUGGCUGAGAAGGAGAAGGAUUCAUAUCGCUGGGCCAUCAAAGAGACAAUAAAGAGCAUGUUGGCCUUUGGAUGGACCAUAGAACGUACCAAAGAAGGAGAUGCAUUUGGCAUUCAUGCCUGUGCUCGCAGGGUUUCUCAGGCCGGUCAGCUCUCAUUUGAAGGAGCAUCCACAUUCAGCCCUAAACCUUUGGACAUGAGCAGCAUCACCUUAUCAUGGGAACAGUGUGCAAUGGCCGAACAGUUGGCUGAAAACUAUCAUAAUGCCUGGGCCAAGACUAAGAAGUUGGAACUUGAGAGCAGAGGAGGAGGUCAUUCGAUGCUGGUUCCAUACGAUGCUCUGACUGCCAAGGAGAAGACCAAGUUCAGAGAAAAAGCUCAGGAGAUACUGAAGUUUCUUUUGCUCCAUGGCUACACUGUGUGGAGGGAUCGAAAAUCCGUGGAAAUUGACUUCCCUGCCACUGCAAACUGCUUUGGACAUAUUUUUCUCCAACGGAUGCUGUAUUACACUGAGGAGACUCAGGAGGACAUGCUAAAGCUCGAAGUGAUUCAAGCCAGAGGACAGAUGCCUAAAGGAGAAAGGGCUCAAAAUCAGCAGCCAAUUAUUUUUUUUCAGAAGGUUGUUCUUCCACUAUUGGAACAGUAUGUAAAAAGCCAUCGUCUGUAUUUUUUGUCCUCUUCUCUGAACUCAAGUGAAAACAGAAGUCAUGCCUCCAAAAGGGAAAAGGAGAUGGUUCUGUGUCUCUUCUGUAAGCUUGCUGCUUUGGUAAGACACAGAAUCUCACUAAUUGGAGAUGAAGCGUCUGCUGUUACAAGCUGCCUCAGCAUUCUGGCUCAGGCGCUUGAUGCAAGAAUAUUGACAGCAGCAGCUUCAGAGUCCAUACAGACGUCUCUGCAUUCAUUUUUUGAAGCAGCAGCAGCAGAUUUGGAGAUGACUGUGGGGAAAAUAUCGGAGACCUUGCCUCACAGCAGAGGUCAGCUGUCUAAAGGAGUUGUCAACACCCUUAACUACACAACGUCCAUCUUAAUGCCAACACUUACCUCCCUCUUCCAUCAUCUUGCCAAUGAAAACUACGGAGUGGAUGUUCUGGUCGGUGGUAUCCAGGUGUCAUGUUACAAGAUUUUAAACAGCCUCUACUCUCUGGGGACCAGUAAAAGCUUCUACAUGGAGGGGCAGCGGUCAGCAGCAGGCGCAUGUGUAGCAGCUCUGACCGGAGCUUUUCCUGUAUGCUUCCUGGAGCCAACUCUAGACCACAACAAUCCACAUUCUAUCUACAAUGUCAUGAGUCCCACUGAGAUUAAAGAUCAGGGACUGCCGGACCGGAUGGAGGACACGUGUUGCCCUCUUCCUUCACUGGGAGAGGCGCUGGAGAAAGUGGAGGAGCUGACUUGUGCUGGUUCUGUAGCUCAUCAGAUGCAGUACAUCCAUGUGGCAGAGGUCACUUUGCCCAUGUUGUGCAGCUAUAUUUCACACUGGUGUCGCUGGGGCCCUGAGGGCCACCCAGAGGGCCCAGUCCUCAGCUCUGUUGUUCCUCAGCAUGCGAGCGACUUGAUUGGCCACAUCCUUCGUAUCAUCCACAACCAUGUGGGCGCUAGCCAGGGUGACUGGAUGAAACAGCUUGCAGUUUUUUCGCAGCCGAUCAUAUGCAAAGCCGACAGCGAGCUGCUGAGAAGUCACUUUCUCCCCCUGAUGGAGAAGCUGAGGAAGCGGGCAGAGUGUGUCCAAUUAGAAGAGGAAGUGAUGAAAGCGGAAGAGUGCUGUAGUUCUGAAGCAGAGCUGCAGAUACAGGAGAAGUACAGAGUUCUGGUCCAGGAUCUCUAUUCCUUUUACCCUCUUCUCAUCCAGUUUGUGGAUUUUAAUCGAGCCAGAUGGCUGAAAGAGACGAUCCCCGAGGCUGAGCAGCUGUUCAGCAUGGUGGCAGAGGUCUUUGUAUUCUGGGCCAAAUCUCAUCAUUUCAAAUGGGAAGAGCAGAGUUACGUGGUCCAGAAUCGAAUCAACAAUUUGGCUUUUUUGCUCUCCGGUGACAACAUGCUGGAGUUUGACCAUAAAAACAAAGGCAUGAAGAGGAAGGGGGAUCGUUACUCUGCACACACUUCUCUCAUAGUGGCUACCAUAAAGAAGUUGGUUCCUGUGGGACUCAGAGUUUGUUUUCCAUGCGACCAGAACCUUAUCAUGUUGGUGAAGAACUGCUAUUCUCAGAAUAACCUUGAAGAUGAGAUUCGGGAGCAUAUUUUGAGAUACCUCAAGCAUGUUUUUGGUCAGGCAUCAAACAGAGUCAGCCAUGGGAUUCUGUCUGCUGAUCUCCCAGCACAGCUUGAGGCCCCACCUGACACACAAAGGACUGUGGACAGGGUUCUAGAAAUAGCUCGGGUGCUUUAUUACCUGGAUCAGGUAGAGCACCCACAGAGAAGCAAAAAACCUGCUUGGAACAAAAUUUUAUCCAAACAAAGGAAACGUGCGGUGGUGGCUUGCCUGAGGAUGACUCCCCUCUACAAUUUGCCACUGCAUCGAGCUGUCAACCUUUUCCUGCAAGGUUACAACAGAUCUUGGAUAUCAACAGAGGGAAACGACUUGGUAGAAAUGCUUGUGGAGGAUUUAGCCAAGGGGCGAGUGACAAAACCGUGGGAAGGUGAGAAAAGGGAAGUAAAGGAGGUGGAAGAAGGCGCCAAGGCAAUUGAUCCUCUCCUUCAGCUCAUUAUGCUCUUCAGUCGAAGUGCGCUGACGGAAAGCAGCAAACUUGAUAAUGACAACCUCUACAAAAAUUAUGCUGCUAUUCUGGCUAAGAGCUGCCGCAGAGAGAGCCAAGAUGAUGCUGAGCAGGAAGUAGAAAGCUUUGAAGAGAAGGAGAUGGAAAAGCAAAAGCUGUUGUACCAACAGGCCAGGCUGCAUUGUCGUGGAGCCCCUGAAAUGGUCCUGCAAGCUAUUAGCGCUGGUCAUGGGACCAUGGGAUUCAUGAUUGGUCCUACUCUGAAGCUAGGUAUUGCUCUUCUUAAUGGAGGGAAUGCAACAGUUCAGCAGAAAAUGCUGGAUUAUCUAAGAGAGAAGCGCAAUGUUGGCUUUUUUCAGAGCAUGGCUGGACUCAUGCGGUCAUGUAGUGUUCUGGAUUUGAAUGCAUUUGAGAGGCAGAACAAAGCAGAGGGAUUAGGCAUGGCCACGGAUGAGAGCUCAGGAGAGAAGGUGAUGCCUGACAAGGACCUGACUUGUGACCUAUUUCGUUUCCUGCAGCUGCUCUGCGAAGGACACAAUUCUGAUUUCCAGAACUAUUUAAGAACGCAAACUGGGAACAACACCACAGUCAACAUGGUUAUAUCAACGGUUGACUAUUUACUCAGGGUACAGGAAUCGAUCAGUGAUUUCUACUGGUACUACUCAGGGAAAGACGUUAUUGAUCCUCUGGGUCAACACAACUUCUCCAAGGCCAUUGAAGUUGCCAAACAGGUCUUCAACACACUCACCGAGUAUAUACAGGGUCCGUGUAUUGGGAAUCAGCAGAGUCUGGCUCACAGUCGUCUGUGGGAUGCUGUCGUGGGAUUCCUCCAUGUCUUUGCUCACAUGCAGAUGAAGCUAUCUCAGGAUUCAAGGCAGAUAAAACUCCUAAAAGAACUCAUGGACUUACUGAAGGACAUGGUUGUGUUCCUCCUUUCUAUGUUGGAAGGCAAUGUUAUCAAUGGAACAAUUGGGAAGCAGAUGGUGGAUAUGUUGGUGGAGUCAUCAGCCAAUGUGGAAAUGGUCCUCAAGUUUUUCGACAUGUUCCUCAAACUAAAAGACCUGACUUCAUCUGAGGGCUUCAGAGAGUAUGACUCUGACUGUAAGGGCAGCAUAUGCAGGAAGGACUUCCAGAAAGCCAUGGAAAACUGCAAAUACUUCUCACAAGCCGAGAUCCACUUCCUCCUCUCUUGCAUUGAAGCAAAUGACAGUGAAAUCUUGGAAUACGAAACGUUUGUGGAUCGCUUCCAUGAGCCGGCGAAAGACAUCGGCUUCAGCAUCGCUGUUCUCCUCACCAAUUUGUCAGAGCACAUGCCCAAAGAGUCCAAGCUGAAGACAUUCAUGGAGCUCGCAGAAUGCGUCCUGACUUACUUUCAGCCCAGUCUUGGACGCAUUGAGAUUCUUGGCAGCGGGAAGCGCUUUGAACGGGUUUACUUUGAGAUCAGUGAAUACAGUCGCACGCAGUGGGAGAAGCCACAGGUGAAGGAAUCCAAGAGGCAGUUCAUUUUUGAUGUGGUCAAUAAGGGAGGAGACAAAGAUAAAAUGGAGAUGUUCGUCAACUUCUGUGAGGACACCAUUUUUGAGAUGCAACUUGCAGCCCAGAUAUCUGGAUCCAACUCUGGAGAGAAGUGCAACGGGAAAACAGAGUUGGAAAAGAGUGAGCUUGAAGAAUAUACAUCCCCAGAUUACAAGAGGUGGACUUUUAUUUACUAUUGGUGGGUGAUGUUGACUUGUGCCCUUUCUGGGAAAAACCUGAGAACACUGAUGAAGAUGACGCCAAAGGAUUUCCUCUUAGCAGCAGUUCGAUUCAUUAGAUUCAUUUGCGCGCUUCAGAUCCACUGCAUUUCUGCCGUCAUCUGUCGCAUCAUGUAUUUGCUGUACAUCACAUUUGUCAACAGUGGUCUCAUAGAGGCGGCAAAAAGAAUGAAAGUGUCAGACUUGCUUGGGGGUAUUCUUGAGCCAACUCUUGACGAGGUCAUGGAGGUGUCGAGCAGUGUGGAUCAACUGAGAAAGUACUCUGCUAGUUUCUCUUCCCAGAAAGAAUUGAGGGAGAUUGGGCAGAUGGCUUCAUUGACCUUUCCCAAGGAGGUGGACAUAUUGUCAGACAUAUUUGGUCUCAAGCUGAAGAAGGAGGGAGAUCAGUACAGACUUGUAACGCAAGAUCUCUCUGACAGUUUGACUGAUCUGUUCAGUUCAACUUCCAGAACAAUGAAUGACACGGAUGUUUCUGAGGAGCACCACACUUUGCAGUUUACAGACCACUUGGACAAAGAGAAAACAGAAGAUGAGAAAAUGGAGAACUUGCAGGAAAAAGAAUGGAAGAAAACUGAAAAGGAUCGUAGGAAUGCAAAAGAAGAGAAAAAACACGGAGCCAAGAAAUGUUCUAAUAUGUCAAAGGAACCACAGAGACAACAUUCUGCUGUCUGGGAGACGAUAAGCUCACAUAGCAAGAGACUUCUGAACUACUUUGCAAGAAAUUUUUAUAACAUGCGUCUGCUGGCAUUGUUUGUUGCUUUUGCAAUCAACUUCAUCCUUCUGUUCUAUAAGGUAGCAUUUUUGCCUGCAUCCAAAGAAAAACAGGUGACUACAUCGGCAUAUGGAAAAGAACUGCUCUCUGCUAUGACAAACACCAGCAAUGGCAAAGUUUAUUUUGUGCUUGAAGAAAGCAGUGGUUACAUGGAGCUGUGCCUCCAUUUCCUUUCCAUCGCACACACAAUCAUCUCAUUCUGCUGCAUUAUUGGUUACUACUGCCUGAAGGUGCCGUUGGUGAUCUUCAAACGUGAAAAGGAGGUGGCCAGAAGACUGGAGUUUGAUGGACUGUAUGUGACGCAGCAGCCUCCUGAGGAAGACAUUAAAGGGCAAUGGGACCGCCUGCUCAUCAAUACACUAUCGUUUCCCAGUAAUUAUUGGGAUAAAUUUGUGAAAAGGAAGGUGAUGGAUAAGUAUGGAGACUUUUAUGGCCGUAAGAAGAUCAGUGAACUGUUAGGUCUGGACCAAGCUGCUUUAGACUUCAGCACCAAGAGAAAAGAACAGAAGAGGCUCAGAAGAGACAGUGCCUGGAGUGUCCUAUUUAACUCCCUUGACGCAAAGUACCAGGUCUGGAAGCUAGGAGUGGUGUUCACUGACAACUCCUUCUUGUACUUGGCGUGGUACAUGACCAUGUCAGUUUUGGGUCAUUAUAACAACUUCUUCUUUGCUGCCCACCUUUUGGACAUCGCCAUGGGCUUUAAGACACUCCGUACCAUCCUUUCCUCCGUCACACACAAUGGAAAACAGCUGGUGCUGACUGUGGGUCUGUUGGCGGUCGUGGUGUAUCUCUACACCGUCAUAGCCUUCAAUUUCUUCAGAAAGUUUUACAACCACAGCCGUGGCAAGGAAACUGAAGAAAUGAAGUGCAAUGAUAUGCUUACUUGUUACAUGUUCCACAUGUACGUGGGAGUGCGAGCAGGUGGCGGGAUUGGUGACGAGAUCGAGGAUCCUGCUGGAGACGAGUUCGAAGUCGAACGGAUCGUCUUUGAUAUUACGUUUUUCUUUUUUGUCAUUGUCAUCCUGCUCGCCAUUAUCCAGGGCUUAAUAAUUGAUGCCUUUGGUGAGCUUCGAGACCAGCAGGAGCAGGUGAAGGAGGACAUGGAGACCAAAUGUUUCAUAUGUGGAAUAGGAAGCGAGUACUUUGACAAGAUUCCUCACGGCUUUGAGACUCACACUCUGCAGGAGCACAACUUGGCCAACUAUCUAUUUUUCCUGAUGUAUCUUAUUAACAAGGAUGAAACUGAACACACGGGACAGGAAUCCUACGUGUGGAAAAUGUACCAGGAGCGUUGCUGGGAAUUCUUUCCUGUGGGAGACUGUUUCCGUAAGCAGUAUGAGGAUCAACUCGGCUGACAGAACAUCCAAGAGGUCAAAAGCCUCCCAACAUAGUGUUAUUGCACGGGAGCCACAUUGCUUGUUGCCUUUUGACUCAGUAAAUUACCUUAAAUUUGCCUGUUUAUGUUAAUCUGAUAUUAGUUUUUGGAGUGAUUUAUUUUUCCCCAAACAGACUGAACUCUGAUCUGACAUUGAAUAAAUGACUCGGAAUCAAAAGAAUGACAACCGCUUGUUUAUGUUCUGAUCUAAAAUAAUGUGAUUUUUGCUUGGCGAGUCUUGUGGGUCAGAACCUACUCAUUUCAGAUGUUUAUGUCCCCAGAUGUGUUCAGAGUGAUGUGACUGGACUCGUUAUUUCACACAGUCGAGACUGGCAUUCCAAAUUCAUGGCCAGGGCAAUCAUUUCUGGCUUAAAACAUCUCUUGUUUUCUGAAUAAAUUGUUUUGUCUCACGGUUUGAUAACCAUUCCCUCUGUGGGGUACCCACAGAUAAACAAUGUCCCUUCUGGCUCUUACUGUUUUUAACCUAUGCUGUUGUGAAACUCCCUCUCCUGUCUCUUCAGGAUCGCUCCGCUCCUCCUGUGAUCACUUCUAAUCCUUCCUGCCUUUUCCCUCCUGCGCUCUCUUCAUCCCUCAGAUUCACCUAUUUUCCCAUCUUAUUACCAGCUACAUUGUCGGUUGCUGUCAGAUGUCUCCUGGCUCAGCUCAAAGCUCUGUUGUCGAAAUAGAUUAUCAGCCUUAAUGAUGAGUUGGAUGGAUUUCUCUAAUGACCAGAAAAAAACAAACAAGAUUUGUGGAUUUCAUGGGUGUAACCCAUUGACUAAAAUAGUCUUACAGAUUUUGUUAAACAGCUGAAACACAUCGAGUUCAACAGCAGGAUGACAGCUGCAGGAGGGCCACCCACAAACUCUGUCCUCAUUAUGCAAGUGUCAAACACUGAGCCUACAAUACUAUGCAUACUGAUAUCUGAUGCUUUUAAGUGUAUAUCCGCAACAAUCAUUCAAAGAUUGACCAGGAAAUGAGCUGAGAAAAAAAAAGCUUUUUUUAAAAUUUAUUUUCAGCUACAUAAUUUACAACCAGAACCCUUUGUAAUCCACUUGCGACUGCAGUAAUAACACAAAUGAGUUUUCACCUUCCCAUCUAAAAAUCAAAAUAGACCCAUCUAAGAUUGUUUAGAGUAAAUUUUCAAAUGGGAGAUGUAAGAACAAGUUGUAGUUUACCUGUUUUUAUCUACAGUGUUUUAUGAAGACAUUCUGUAACAUGUUUUUUUUUUCUCUGUAGAAUACAAUGUUUUUAUUGUCACUAUAUACAUGUACAAUGAGAUUCAAAACUCCAGUUUCAGGGAAAACAUCUAAAAUAGAAAAAUAAAUAUGAUGCCA